AUGGAAGUCCGAGCGAUGGCAAACCCUGGGCGGCGGGCGCUGGCGCGCAGGGCCUCUGCCGGGAGAGGCGGGGCCCGCGAGGCCUGCGCACUGCGGGCUGCGGGCUGCGCCCUGGCGAGGUGCCUCGCGGGGGCGCGAACGGCUGUGCGCAGGCGCCUGCUCGAGGCGUCCGUGUCAGCACGCUGCGUGUCGGCUCGGCACGCGUUGGCCCACGUCUGCGCGAAGGCACCGCGCCAGAGACCUCCGCUUUCAGUCCACGCGUUGGAGCCCCGCGUCUGCACGGUGCGCGUGGGGCGAGUGGGCCUCCGAGGUGCUGGGCGCGUCGAGCAGGUGCAGGGCGGGGAGGAGACCCCCCGGCUGCAUCCAACUCGAGGGUGCGGACAGCAGCGGUCGCCGAGGCGCCUUCUCUCCGGCUCGUUCUCGCAAGCAUUGUUUUUUUUCUCGCCGGCCCAAUCCUAG